AUGCAGCAGGUAGUUGCCUGUGAACUCGAUCCAAGGCUGGUGGCUGAGCUUCACAAAAGAGUUCAGGGCACUCCUCUGGCAAGCAAACUUCAAGUAAUGGUGGGAGAUGCACUGAAAUCAGACUUGCCGUUCUUUGAUGCUUGUGUGGCAAAUUUGCCUUAUCAGAUCUCUUCACCUUUUGUCUUUAAGCUGUUGCUGCACCGACCUUUUUUCAGAUGUGCUGUACUUAUGUUUCAGAGAGAAUUUGCUCUCCGCCUAGUUGCAAAACCUGGAGAUAAAUUACACUGCAGACUCUCGAUUAAUACACAGCUGCUGGCACGAGCGGACCAUCUAAUGAAGGUUGGGAAGAAUAAUUUCAGACCAUCACCCAAGGUGGAGUCCAGUGUUGUAAGGAUAGAACCAAAGAACCCACCGCCUCCUAUCAAUUUUCAGGAAUGGGAUGGUUUAGUAAGAAUCACUUUUGUUCGGAAGAACAAGACACUUUCUGCUGUGUUCAAUAAAAACAGCUUUGAACCAGUCAAAACUGGUAAUAAUGGCCAAAAACAGGUAAAAACUGGAAAACCGGUCAGACCUGCAAUGACCAAGUUGGAACCAGAAGUAAUCGUCAUGAACAGGUCAAAACCAGGUUCAACUGCUCUGAACCUGAAAAAACGGUUUGAACCAUUUGAAACCGUAAAAUUGGCCCAAAACUGGUAA